CACUGGCGGGAAAGGAGACGGUCUCUGCUCUCUUCUUCUCUGCCGUGGCUGUUCGUUCGAGCUGCCUCGGGCCUCGUUUCCGGCAUGCGCACAGACCAUGUCAAUGUGCUUACAACCUUACGUAAGUUGUGGCAUCGUUAUUACGUGUAAAUUCUAUGCGUUGAUGAUGUUUAUUUGUUGGUAGAUCAGCGAUCAAACUAUCUUCGCCUGGCAACAGUGGAUAUGGAGGCUUCUAAGGAGAAGAAGAAGCCCAAGGGGAAGGGAGCUACUGCCACUGAAUCUGUCCUCAAACAAAAGUCUCCUGCCGAAUUUUUCUCCGAGAAUAAAAAUAUUGCCGGAUUCGACAAUCCUGGAAAGAGUCUUUAUACAACAGUACGUGAGCUGGUUGAAAAUGCCCUUGAUUCAGCAGAGUCCAUUGCUGAGCUUCCUGUCAUUGAAGUGACUAUUGAGGAGAUUAGCAAAUCUGCAUUUAAUGCUAUGAUUGGGCUUGUUGACCGGGAGCGUAUUGAUGCAGCUUUAUAUGACGAUUUCGAAUCCGAGAAGGCCAAGGAGAAACGACUUGCCAAGGAAGCCAAGGAGCAAGAAAAGGUAGCUAAGGCCUUAGCUGCUGGAAAGAAGGUUAAGGAUCCUCAUGCUAAAACUGGUAAAGGGCGUGGCGACACAUGCUUCUUCAAGGUUACUUGCAAGGAUAAUGGGAAAGGUAUGCCACAUGUUGAUAUUCCGAACAUGCUCGGUCGAGUUCUGUCAGGAACAAAAUAUGGAUUGAAGCAAACUCGCGGUAAAUUCGGGCUGGGUGCUAAAAUGGCUUUAAUCUGGUCGAAAAUGAGCACUGGUCUGCCGAUCGACAUCUGGAGUUCUACGAAAGGGCAGGACUUUAUUUCUUUCUGCAAGCUUGAUCUUAAUAUUCACCAAAACAUUCCAAAUAUCCAUGUACAUGAGAAACGGCCUAAUCCUGAGAAAUGGCGUGGAGCGGAACUUCAGGUUACUAUAGAAGGCAAUUGGACAACUUAUCGCGCGAAGAUAAUAAACUACUUGCGGCAGAUGGCUGUAAUUACACCUUACGCACAAUUCAACUUUUCUUAUAUUGGACCAAUACCAGAGAAGAAUUUGGCCAUUCGGUUUGCGAGGCGAACAGAUGUAAUGCCUCCUGUGCCAGAGGAAACCAAGCAUCACCCUUCAGCUGUAGAUCUGCUGCUUAUCAAAAGACUUAUUGCAGAAUCAAAAGAAAUACACCUCCAAGCUUUUCUGCAGAAGGAAUUUGUUUCCAUUAAUAAAGCACAUGCCGAACGACUUAUUGGUGAAAUGGGCCCUGAGUUUCAACCUAAGAUGCUAGUGAAAUCACUCAGCGAUGAGCAGAUUGUUCGUCUUCACCAGUUAUUCAGACAAGCCAAAUUUGAUGAUCCGAGUGGACAGUGCCUCAGCCCUGCUGGAGAAUACAAUCUACGCCUUGGUAUCAUGAAAGAGCUGAAUCCAGACCUCGUUGCUACUUAUGAGGGCAGUGCUCAAGUCUUUGAGGGACAUCCAUUUAUAGUGGAGGCUGGGGUUAGUCUUGGCGGUAAAGAUGUGAAGCCUGGCAUCAAUAUUUUUCGCUUUGCCAAUCGUAUCCCUCUACUAUUUGAGCAAGGGGGAGAUGUUGUCACACGUACCGCCAUGAAACGCAUCAACUGGGGCUCGUAUAAAAUCAAUCAACAACAAGACAAGAUUGGUGUAUUUGUGAGCAUUGUGAGCACCAAAAUUCCGUUCAAGGGCACUGGCAAAGAGUACAUUGGUGAUGAUAUAUCUGAAAUUGCAGCAGCGGUUAAGUCAUCACUUCAAAAUUGCUGCAUUCAGCUGAAAGCCAAAAUAGUUCGACAGCAGCAAGCUAAAGAAAGGCAGCAACGGAAGCGGAAUCUCUCAAAGUACAUUCCAGAUGUUUCGCGCGCAAUUUAUGAUGUAUUGCAACUUAUGGCGGGACCAGCGGCCAAGAGGCAGAAGUUUGGUUUUGAAUAUCAAGAUAUGCUUGAGAAAGUUGCUAAGCGUGAAAUCACAGAAGCCACAUUGAAGCAAAAGCUUACACAGCAUGUUCAACAGGUUGACUCGGAGAUGGCUCUAGAAUUUGCUACCCAGAGUGGCAUGGUUGAUACUGCUCGAGAGAAUGUCUAUCUGACGGCUUUAGAUGCCAAGAGGGAAUUUGCAGUAGAAUUUCACAAUUCAGUUGGCGUAUUUAAACUAUUUACAGGAUUAUAAUGCAAUAUUAAUUCGAAGUUAUACUGUGAUCCCAUCACAAACUGUAGGGAUUUCACAAUCUUCUGAUGGAGAAUGCAAGAAGUCUUGUAGGCAAAGGAUAUGAAUUGUUAAUGUGUUGUGAAGAGAACAAGCAUGUAAGUUAUCUAUAUUCAGAUUCAUUUCUAUGAAUAAAAAUAAGACUAACAUUGAAUUAUUUUAA